ACUGCCGUACAGACAGGGAACAGGUCUGAGUCUCGCACUAGAUCCAGGCCAGUCGAGAAAAUUCGCAGAAGAUGGCAGUCGCUUACCCAAAUAUGUGCUAGCAAGGAAUGUAGCUUGCCUACUAGAACUGAUGAGGUAGACUCUGCACAAGCUGCACAAGCACCUGAAAAUCAGCUGCUCAUAAUUCCUCUGAGAAUCGAGAGAAACUCGGAGUCUCAACUCCUGGCGGUACCGAGCGCAAUAUCGCGUUUUUCCGAGCCAAGAGAAGAGUCCAGUGUCUGGGACGAAUUUUAUGACUUUGAGUGACCCAUCGACUGGAUCCGAAAUCUAUUUUCUGGUCUUAUUUUGUUAGAGUUUCGAUAUAUUUAAUGGACCGUUCAAUUACCACGUUGUAUUCUAGACCUUGCUCUUGC